CACAAAUAAGACAUUUUUUUUAACAAAAAUAUAAGUUCAGGUAACAUAAACCCAAAAUAGUUAAGAUGAUUUAGAAUGAACCGAAGAGAUUAGAGCCUAAAGAUGUCUUAAAAUCUUCUCUUUUAAAUUUACUUACCCCAGUUUUUUUUUUUUUUUUUUAUUCAUAUAGUGUAGGCCCCAUAAUUGUUUAAAUAUUUACUUCUUAUCCGCUUAUAAAUAGCGACGAACCCAAGUUUUUGACGAAUGUACUCAAAUCAUAAGUAACAUCCACAAACAUCUCAUCCAAUCAACCAACAAAAAAUGAAGAUGUUUUUGGGUUUCCUAAGUUCAACCGUACUCUUUUUGGUGGUUGUGAGUGCUAGAGAUGUUGAUUUCAGCAAGAAGUCCGAGUUCAAGGAAUCAGACUAUGUGUUCUUCAACUACAACGACCUCAAGGUCGGGGCGAAAAUGCCGAUUUACUUUGGUGGUGCAUUCGAUGCUGAAAUCCCACGUUUUCUUCCUAAGGAAAAAGCCGAGAUGAUCCCUUUUUCAUCCCAAAAACUCCCAUUUCUUCUUAACUAUUUUGGUUUCCAACCCGAAUCUCCUCAAGCUAAAGCCAUGGAAUUCAGUCUUAAAAAAUGCGAGGGUGAAAUUCCCGACGCUAAAGGAGCCAAAAAAUGCGUUACCUCUUUAGACUCUAUGAUCGAUUUCGUCCGUGAAACCUUCAAAAGUAGCACUACCAAUAACGGUGGUCAGUUGUUUGACGAUCUUAAGGUGUUGAGUACAAGUCCACUUCCGAAAUCAGCCAAAGUAUUUCAACCUUACACAAUCAUUGAGCAGCCAAAAAGAGUCCCGAGCCCUAAAAUGACCGCGUGUCACAUGCUGACUUAUCCUUACGCGGUCUACUAUUGCCAUAACCCUGACCCUGAAAACCAAGUGUACGAAAUCAGUUUGUUGGGUGAGGAUGGUACUCGUGUUAACGCGGUUGCCAGUUGCCACAUGAACUCGAAUGCAUUUGACGCUAAUCUCGCCGUGUUCCGUAUGUUCAACAUUGCACCCGGCUCUCCAGUUUGCCAUUUCCUCUCUUCUGAUGGCCUGCUUUGGGUGCCUGCUAACCCAUCCUCGAUCUAAUAGUACUACAGCUGCUACUGCGACUACUAGAGUACUAGUACGAGCUCAUUAAUGAAGCAAGAAAGAUGGUGUUUAACUUUCUAAUGUCUUUAACUUGGCCAUGAACUAGCAAGUAUAGCUAGUGUUUAAUUGAGUCCUAAGUGUAUGCUUUUAUUAUCGAUCAACCGUGUACUUAUUAUCGAUUAAUAAAAUCUUGU